CGAGCCGCAACUCGAAGGCUUUUUGGUUCCCUCCAUCUUUCCCCCCUUUCGUUUUGGUCUCUCUCUCUCUCCACUACCAUUGACUCCUCCGCAUCUUGUUAAUCGCGUCAUCUAACAAAUACCAAAAGUCACGAUGAGUUCGGCGCAAAAAUCCGCGAAUCACCGUGGACACUUCAAAAAGACGGUCGACGUGGAGGACUCGCGUCGUUCGCGCGAAGAGACGACGCUGCACAUCCGCAAGGCGAAGAAGGAUGCCCGCAUGGCCAAGCGUCCGGCAGCCGGUAUGCUCAUGAACUCGGGCGACAACACGUACGCGGGGAUGAUGGAAGACCAAGCCAAUGAUGGAUCCGAUGGAAACGUCGCUCGUUCGCUGGCGGCGUCCAAGUUGGAGCAGUUGCCCGCCAUGGUGCAGGGUGUGAUGGGCAACGACCCAGCGGUGCAAACGGAAUGUACCACACAGUUUCGUCGGUUGUUGUCCAUUGAAAAGAAUCCGCCGAUUCAGCAAGUUAUUGACACCCACGUCGUCCCGCGCUUUGUCGAGUUCUUGAGCCGGGACGAUAACCCAGCCUUGCAGUUUGAAGCCGCUUGGGCACUCACCAAUAUCGCCAGCGGAACCUCGGAUCAUACGAAAGUGGUCAUGGAAGUGGGUGCCGUGCCCAUUUUUGUGCGGUUGCUGCUCAGCCCCAACGACGACGUUCGUGAACAAGCCGUCUGGGCCCUGGGAAACAUUGCCGGGGACUCCCCUCCCUGUCGCGACCUAGUUCUGCAAGCGGGAGCCAUGAAUCCCCUGCUCCAGCAAUUGCACCAAAAUUCCAAGCUCACCAUGUUGCGCAACGCUACCUGGACGCUUUCCAACUUUUGCCGCGGCAAGCCCCAACCGGAUUUUGAAAUGGUCCGCCCGGCAUUGCCCACCCUGGCACAGCUCAUUUUCAGUCCCGAUGAAGAAGUACUGACGGACGCCUGUUGGGCUCUAUCCUACCUUUCCGACGGACCCAACGAAAAGAUCCAAGCCGUCAUUGAAGCGGGUGUCUGCCGCCGUCUCGUGGAACUGCUCCUCAAUCCUUCACCGGCCGUACAGACCCCGGCACUCCGAACCAUUGGUAACAUUGUUACUGGAAACGAUCUGCAAACGCAGUUCGUCAUCAACAACAACGCGUUGCCCUGUCUCUUGGCGCUUUUGGCGUCACCCAAGAAAGGAAUUCGCAAAGAAGCUUGCUGGACCAUUUCCAACAUCACCGCCGGUAACAAGGAACAAAUUCAAGCCGUAGUGGAGAACAAUAUCAUCCCGCCGCUUAUUCAGCUCUUGACCAACGCCGAAUUCGACAUCCGCAAAGAAGCAGCCUGGGCUAUUUCCAACGCCACGUCGGGAGGGAGUCAGCAGCAGAUCAAAUUCCUGGUACAACAGGGAUGCAUUCGACCGCUUUGUGAUUUACUCAGCGUAGCGGAUCCCAAGAUUGUCACUAUCGCCUUGGAAGGGUUGGAAAAUAUUCUCAAGAUUGGUGACGAAGAAGCGCGCCUCACCAACGGACAAAACCAGAUGGCCGUGUACGUUUCCGAAGCGGAAGGUCUCAACAAGAUUGAAGACCUACAGCAGCACUCCAAUAACGCUAUUUACGAACAAGCCAUUCGUAUGCUCGAAACCUACUUUGGAGUUGAGGAAGAGGAAGAAAUGGCGGCUAUUGCGCCCGCCAUGGAAGGUGACCAGUUCGGCUUUGGUAUGGAUCAACAGCCCGGAACGGGAACGUUUGACUUUUCCGGUGGGCAAUAAGGACACGCGCGAUAAGGCUACGAGCACGGCCUCGAGCGGUAACAAGACGACUCGCACACACACGUGAGCCGCUUGCCAUCCCGAGCCCGUCUUCUUUAUUUCCAGCCGCACGUACAGUACGGCCUUUGGGAGGCAAAAACGCACGACUUGUCGUUCGUCUGUUUUUUGUCACCCAGAGCCCGUGCAGGAUUCUAAAUACCAAACGAUUGAUAGAGAGGCGCGACUUAAGGAGCGUUUCCAAUAGAACCAUGUUACAGUCCAGG